AAUCAAAACAAAGUUCUUUUUUUCACUAAAAAAAGCUUUAAAAGUCAAAUUAAAACUAAAAUCUUAACUCAAAACUCUUUUCGACACUUUGUUCUAUCGAUUAAAAACCUGAGAAAAGUUUUUUCUUUCGCCAAAACCCAAAAAAUCUCCGAAAAAUGGAAGAACCAGCAACAGUCCGUCUCACGAACGACGAUUUCCGUAAACUCAUGAUGACUCCGCGAGCUCCUCCGCCCGGAUCUUCGACAGCUACUUCAUCAUUGUCUGGCGGCGUCGUCAAAUCCGGCAGUAAAAGUUCAAGCGCUAAACGUACGGAACGUCAUGAUGCCCGUAAAAAGAAGAAAAACUUUUAUGCCCAACUCAAGAAGCAAGAAGACAGCAAAUUACAAGAACUUUCGGAAAAAUAUCGAGAUCGUGCGAGAGAACGUCGUGACGGAGCAAACCCGGAUUAUCAGGCGCCUGACCCAACAAGUACGGGAGCGUAUCGAGCUGUGGCUCCUGACUUAAAAUCAAUUCAUGACGCUGCUGAACGUCGUCGACAAUUAAUUCAAGAGUCAAAAUUCUUGGGCGGUGACAUGGAACACACGCAUUUGGUAAAAGGUCUCGAUUAUGCGUUGCUGCAAAAAGUCCGGAGCGAGAUUGUGACGAAGGAACAGAUGGAGGAAGAGGAAAUGGAACGCUUGGCGAACGAAGAAAAGGAAGCGGAACCCGAAAAAGAGGAAAUUAUCGAAGAAAAUGGCGAGAUAAAGUUCAAAACGAUCAUCGGCAAGAACAUUCAUCGCAUUGUUCAGAUGCAACGAUCGCGCGUUGUUGAGAGAAAUGAAUUAUUCGCGAUCGGGCGAAUGGCUUAUUUGAUCGAACUCGAUGACGAGAACGCAGAUACGGAUAUUCCGACGACCAUUAUUCGUUCAAAAGCUGAAAUUCCGCAAGAAGCGCAACAAAUGCAAACGUUAUCGACGAACGACAUUGUCAUCAAUAAACUUUCUCAGAUCCUGUCUUACUUGCGACAAGGCGGAAAAGGCAAAAAGAACAAGAAACGCGACAAAGACAAGCCUCUUUUCAAAAUGCCACUCGAUAAACACAACGACGACGAGUCAAUUUACGGCGACAUUGGCGAUUACAAAGCCUCAAAAAGCAGUUCUUCCUCUUCGUCGCGUCAUCAUAGCAGCAGUUCGCGUUCCGAAAAGGACAAACCUCGCAGUUACUUCAGCAAUUAUCGCGGCGCCGACGACGAACGUGAAAAAGAAAAGGAAAUUGUGGUUCCGCCGCCGCCCAAAUUCGCUGCAAGUUCAAUUCUCAAUAAACUUCAAUCCGAACCCGAGGGAUAUGCGGAAUGUUAUCCCGGUUUGCAAGAAAUGAACGAUGCCAUUGACGACUCGGAUGACGAAGUGGAUUACACCAAAAUGGAUAUUGGCAACAAAAAAGGUCCCAUUGGCAGAUGGGAUUUCGAUACGCAGGAAGAAUAUUCGGAUUACAUGAGCAAAAAAGAGGCUUUGCCAAAAGCUGCCUUUCAGUACGGCGUCAAGAUGCAAGAUGGGCGAAAAACGCGAAAACACAAGACGGAAAAGAGCGAAAAGGCGGAGCUGGAUCGUGAAUGGCAGAAAAUUCAAAAUAUUAUUCAUAAGAGGAAGGCGGGAGGAUCUGCCGGAGGCGAACCGUCGUCGAAAAUGAAACAUUAUUAAGAAAAUUGUAGCAAAAUUUAGUUUUUGUUUUCACAAAAUUAAUGAGAAUAAAGGUAGUUUGAGUGAAAUUAGGUCAUUUGAUGUACUUUAUGGCGUUCCUUAUACUUCCUGUCACCCUUUAAUCACUCACAAAUUGAGAAAUUUCCUUGUUUGAAUGAUUUUUUAAAGAAUUGAGCGCAUUUUAUCAUUGGUUUUAACAAAAAAA